AUGGUGUUGCCGGCCAGCCGCAGGCAGCCAGGGCGGCAAGUGUUCCAUUCUCCCCGGCUGACUCAGCAGUUAGAAGCGGGGCUGUUUGCAGAUGGAGACUCUUGCCGCAACAAGACUCCCCGAGGCAGCACGACUGUUGCAGCCACGGGAGAGCCUGAAGCACGAUGUCGUGGGUGCCACGCUAUGACGCCGCAGGGAUGUUUGGAGGGCUCGAUCAUGGGGCCUUCGGAACACGCGAUCUGUAGAACAAGGCCUGCGACGCCUCCAAGAGUGCAGCUUAGCUCUACUUAUCGCAUAGAGGAGCAUAAAUCUACCAUGACAAGCUCUGAGGGCCCGUCGGACUUAGGCGGCCUAGGUUUUUUUGGCCGACCCCUGUGGUUUUGUGACAGCGCAGGUAGCGAAGAGUCUGUGGCAUCUGAAAAAUCGGGCAGAUGUACAGCUCGCUCACAGCCUGAGAAGCCGACAGUGCUGCCUCUCUCCCAGACUCCAUUGCCUGCUGCGGUGUUUGGACAUGUAGCCAUCUUCCUGGAUGCUGAGGAUGUAGUAGCGCUUGCGUCUGUCUGUAAAAGCCUCCGAUGGAUAGCUUAUCACAGAGACACAUGGAGGGCGCUUUGUUUCUCAGCUGGCCUUGUUAAAUGUUCCCCCAAUGCUGGUGUGCUUCGUCGGCAGUAUCGGAAGAGGGUUGGAGAGAAAACGGUCAAGUGCGCUUCUAACUCCAAGCAAACAGGACCGAACCCUGAGUCGCGUCUCCACAGAAAUCUUUUAAAGCAGGGAAAGAGUAGCUUUUAUGUGGACAACAUAAUUCUCAAUUCCCUAGAAAGCAAUCAAAGUUGCUUAGGCGCGGGAAACUUGAGCGACGCUGAUCAGGCGGACUCCUCAUCGUCGGAUUCAACAGCCCGCAGCCGGUGUGAAGGUAGGCGAUCCGACCCCUCUAGUGCUUGUGAAGAGUUCUUAUGGCCUACACGUUGUCAUCCGAAAUUCAUUCACCAGCGGACUGCUGCGAAUACGGCGCACGGAGCAGGGACGCACUGCAGAGGGCUCCAAGUCUUGCCUGGAUGCACAUUGCACGAGUCAGUGGACUGGCGUUUCCUGUUUCUGCUUAAUCGGGUUAGCCCGGGUCCCAGGAUUUAUAUUCACGUCAGGGAACUAGAGCUGCAAUUUCCUAUGCACCCUGCGGUUCCUGAUCUCACAAGUGCUUGCCGCUGUUCCACGCUUGGAGGACCGUCUUCGGUUGAUGGUCAGGAUUGCGGCGGCGGGGAACAUGAAAAGCAGCGUCAAUUCAAGUGCAGUAACCGGGACAAGUGGCUAAACCCUCAAGACUUUGUUUCUACGUUUGUUAAAAGGGCACUCAACAUUCGUCAACCCAUGAGACUGCGUCACUUGAGACCAGGAAACAGGCCUGGACUAUGCGUAGCAGAAAUUCUACGCGACCAGCACUAUUUACUUGAAUGGCAGGUCUCACUGCGCUAUCUGCAGGAGCCGUUUGCGCACUCGUCAUGUUUUGCUGCCGAGGCAACUGGCGACUGCACCUGCGUGUGGCCACUUCCGCCCUACGGCACGCUUGAAUCAGACGCGCUAGCCCAAUUGGGCCGCGGCUGGAGGCGUGAGGAGAGAAGGACGAUUCCUAAUAUUGUGGACGAUAACCGUCCAAGGCCAUCGCGGCAAACACCAGAAGUGGAUGGAGUGCAGGAUGACCGGUUGAUUUUCGACGUUCUUGGCCGCGAAAGCGUGUUUGCAACCCUUCUCUCACCUCUCUCUAAUGGAACAACUGCGGCAGCUAUUUUCGUUGGGGCACUGCUCGUUGCAGUUGCAACCUCUAGUGCGACAGCAGCGAUCACAACUGCUGCGGCCGCGACGGCAACACUUGCUGCUCGCCACUCCAGGAUAUUCAGAGUGGACCUGCAUGUAAUUGAAAGAGAUGAACACGAGGAUGACCAGGAGGAAGUAGCGGAAUGCGAUAUACAGCCCACUCGCCUUGUCUCUGGCUUCACGGCGCAACGAGGGGCGGUAAACGCUCCGUCAUCCAACAGCGGUUACGGAAAUCACGGGCAGAUGGGAGGUGAAUCUGCUCCAGCUGGGUCUGGGCAGGCACUUUGUGUGACUAGCUCUGUGGUGAAUGCAGCACCUGUAAACGGGCAAACAGGAGAGUAUGAAAGCAUUCAUUCUCGUUUAGGUCUGCCGUGCUUCCAGCGGAUUUUUGCGGAUCGUCUUCGACGCCUCCUGCGCUCGUCGACACUUGCAAGCGCCGCACUGACCGAAGCCUCUUUGGCUUUAGCCUCUACCGUUUUCAGCAGCAUCUCAAGGGAUGCACUGACAACUGCAGCGAAUGUUCUUGCAGCGGCUAGUGCGGCGUUCACUUCAGUAUUACGCCCACCCGGCGCAGCAAGAUCCAGGAAUAGUCUUCAGCUAGGAGGUUCAGCUUGUGUGCUGCCGCCAGAAAAGCAGCUGCCUCUACAGGGUGCCAUCCAGUUGACGACACCCUUAGGUUUUCCCCUAGAUACAGAGACAGAGGGGAAAUAUGGGGGGAAAUCCCUCGAAGCUUCUACUCCUGCCAAAAGCGGAGGAAAGCCCCAAAGAACAUCUGCCCCUGUGAAUGAGUUUCGGCCCUUCAAAAUACCUUCAGAAUUCAAGAUACCAACUCAAGAGGAGCUGUUUAAUGAACAGGAGCUCCGUGACGUGGUGCGACGUGGUGCGUCGGAAGAUUCAGCGUGUCAUCGUUCACCUUCCGCAACACGUGCGCAGCCCCGUAGAUCCCAUUCUUUUUUGUCUGUCUGUAUUGGACAGCUUGGAGCUUUUCGCCGUCGAAGCGGCUGCUCGAUGCCAGCAAGAGCCACCCGAUAUCCGGAUGCCAGCGACAGCCCUGCCGAGUCGGAAAGUAGUUGGCCGUUGGUAGCCAAUGCGGAAACAGCAGGCACAGGUGCGUCAGUUCUGCGACACCAGAGGCAUCAUAGGGCAUUAAGUUCUUGGCACAGUUCAAGGCAAGCAAGUGAAAAUCAUCUGUCAAGCGCCAGAGAAACGGAACGCGAAGAAGCAUCUUCAAGUGACCAGGAGCAUCCUAGGUCUCGUGAAGUGAGCGCGACAGGUGCUAAUUGGACAUCGACACGCGAGUUUUUUGCGCAAAACUUCAGCCUACCUACAGAGGGCUGGAGGGUGGAGAACCCACCUUUGCAACCUGGUCAUGGUUUGUUGCUUUUUGUGCGCACCUGUCUACCACCAGCAAAUGGUGUUAUGUGGCCGCGCGGGAUGCAGGAUUGCUGCGGCUCUGGUACCGAGUGGGACGCUGCAGCUGCAGCGUCAUGGACGGCACUUCCAGAGGAUGUCCCACUGCUCUUGCCGGCUGAUGCAACAGCAGCUGACUUGGCCCGAUUGCUUUUCCUCACCCUGGCCGAUAGGAAGUAUAUGCUGCCAUUAAUCUCUGCUGAGCGAUCAGGGGAGACAACAAUGAGCGGCACACACUUGUAUAACAGGGGAAGUCGCCCUCAAUCUCGCCGCCGCAAAGGGAAAGGCGGCCAAGCAGCUCAUUUAUCUCGGUCUUCUGUCCUACGCUUCUGGCUUGCAUCAACCCAUCCAAGCAGGGAGCAUCAUCUUGAGCAGCAGCCAUUACCCUCGGCAAAGUUGACUGCAGACUUGCGUCUCAUGUCAUGUGAGCGCCUGACGCUUACUGUUAUGCCUUUUUCUUCUGCCAGGCGUGCUGCGUCGGCAUGCACACGCUGUUUGACACUGACAUGCGAUAUAAAGAACUUUUCUGAGCAGAAACACGGGCGUCGUAGGGGAAAUUCAGUGGGUAGUCAGAAUGGCAUUGGCUGGUCAUCGUGGAGUGCGCAUCAGCACGAUUCUGCGGACAGGAGGGUGCCAAAGGACUCAAGCCCGUGGUUGUUAUCUCCGCUUUUCACUUGGGCACAGGAUUGCACGCUUUCAGUGGUGAUGGAUACACCGGCUGACGGUGAACCCACUUUAGUCCUGCAUCGUGAAGCUGCUUCGGAGCCCAUUCGCCGGAUGGUUGAGUCAAGCGACGUUCAGGCGCAACUGCAGCCACAGCAGGAGGAGCAGAUGCUAACUGGACAGUUUCAACCCUUGCCUGAUCAGUCCGCCACAGAGAAUCGUCUUCCUGACGGGCUUGAGGGAUCCUUGUCUCCUGAUUGUACAAUGCUGGAUGGGUUGCAGACAGCGCAGCCGUCCAGUGCUUUGAGCUUGCCUGAUGAAAAUGCAGUGCGGAGUGGUCAGAUUGCCGAAAAUUCUAGCACUUCGUCGGAUUGCGGCGUGCAUCUAACAGCGCCUGCGGAUCCUUCUCCUCAGCGACCUACGGGCAUCCUGGUAGCAGAGCUGGACUCAAAGCCUUGCAAGCCAUGGAUUCUGCAGUCGUCCGUGAAUGCGCGGCAGUUUGAGUACCACCCAGAAAAGAGGAGUGUGCUACUUACGGGCAACAAUGAUGGAAGGGUGCGUGUUCUUGACUGGGAGCGAGACGCUGUACUGGGGACAGAACUUGUGGAUAGCCAUCCAAUUUUAGGACUUUCCUGGCUCAAACACCACCCCGAAUUGUUUGUUUGUGCUGCUGGAGUUUCCGGCAUUCCAUACGUUGUUCGCUGGAGAGAACAAGAUGAAUUUUUUUCGAACGAGCUAAAGGGCGAGCGUGGGAGGAUGACCAAGGCUGCAGUUUCCUCUUCACAGCCAUUUCCAUCCCUAAACGCCCAGUCUAGACAGCCUGCGCUGCAGCAGCAAGGUACGGAGGCGGGUGAGUGUGAAGCAAAUCAUGAAGAGCAAUACUCCGCUGACCGUGAAGAUUGUUUGGACAUCUCGACAGUGACGGCUGCAUUGACGUGGAUUAGGAGCUGUGGUCGGGGUGACCGGCUUAGUAGGGAAGGCACUGCGUCUUUGCGGAUUGUGCAUCAGUACUGCGCGUGCGAUGACCUGAGCUCUGUCUCCGUUAACAGUACAGAUGACUACUUGCUUGUGUCAGGGAGAAGCCCAGACCUUACCAUACAUGAUGUGGCCACUGGCGCAAGGUUAGGCGCCUUGAGGAAUCUCCAUUCUGACAGUAUUAACAUCGUGAGAUUUGCACACACAUCUCCUCAUCUUUUCGUCACAGCAUCUUUUGACCAGACCUGCAGACUUUGGGAUCUCCGUCAGCGGAUCAACGGUCACCAGCCGUUGUUGACCGUUGACACUGGCAGUCUGAGUGUAAUGUGCUGCUUUGAUGAUUCGGACGAGUGGCUCCUUUGUAGCGGCGUAGAUGCUGCGCUGCGGCAGGUCUGCCUGCGGUCUUAUACCGUAUUUCCGCAAUCAUUUGCUAUUCCUCCUGUCAACGCUGAGACAAACUUUCGCCGCGCCGUCUAUCUGCAAGGGGGAAAGGAGUUCAUCACAGCCGGAACUGAGGAAGGGUUUUUCCGAGUUUUCAGUCGUCUUGGACGUGAUUUGGGUGUGGUUAGUCUCGAAGGGCUGCUCCGGCCAUUCAUCCGUGUCCGUUCAUCCCAUGGACUAGCAACACUCGCUGACCUCCAAGGAGAACUGCUGAACCUUCGCAUAUACUUACGGUCACACAUGGCGUUGGGACUGAGCGCCAUGAGUGAUGCUGCUUUGGCCACAGCUGCGGGCAUGAGUCGCAGCCCGGUCGCUACCGUGCUACGCAAUGCUCUAAGGCACCUUAGUGGAUGCCCUAUCCAACUUUUAGAUCGUGAAGUGCUCGAGAGAAUGCGCCAGGCUGUGGUUGCUCCGGGAGCUCCUUGGCUCAUUUCGCAGGAAGGAAUGCGAAAUCCUUCCAGUUUGUUUCAGGAGGCAGGCGCUGGGAGCCCAGAGAGCAGCAUUGUGGAAGAAUACGUGCAGUCGCUUAGGUCACACCCGCAGGAACGGAGACUUGUUGGUGCACUACUUGCAACAAAAGACCAAGUAGAGGCGGCUAAUGGAGAUUCUUCCUUUGUGGCAAUGUCAGAGCUACCAGCAACUAUGCUGGGAUAA